AUGGGCAAGCGUAUCGUCUAUACCAAGAUCACGCCGCUGCCGAGCAACGUCCCCCGUCAGCUUGCGAUCGAGCUGCUCCACAGCCAUGAGGAAGUCAUCGAGCUGAAUCCGCUCGUGACGGGUGUCAAAUCUAUCGAGGCGCCUCGAGAUGCGCCCAACGACGAGUACUUCUCACAAUGGUACGAGAUCAGCGAGAUCAUCACCUGGGGUUUCGGCCUCCGGAAGAAGAUCGCAUUCAAAGGCGUCUUCCACAAUCAACCCUACGGACUGCAAUCGCAUGUAUACGCGCCGUUCGGAGUCGACUUGCGCAAUAAGUACAGCAUUGGGGGCAAUCAGCCAGGCGAGCCGCGCAAGACGAGGGAACUCGGGGUCGAUACACCACAGGACGGGCUGUACUUGAGGGAAGAUGUGGAGAUCGUGUGCAAUCUGGCAUUGGCGAGCUUUGUCAAGAAAGAGACGAAAGAGGCGACGGGCAAGAUGAUUCAGAGACUGGCGCGCAAGGCAGAAUUGCUAGACGAAGGCAAGCUGCAUGCGAUGUUUGAAAACGGGCGAUUGAAGACGUCGAAACCUAGCGGACAGAGUGAUACCGAUGGGAGUCAGCCGACGUCGAGCCCUCCCGGCAGCCCAAGUCCGUCCAUGAUGUCUGGAUUUGCGCCGCCGAGGACACCACGUUUGGACAAGAAAGGGUUUGGCAACUAUCAUGACGUGGCGAUUGCACGACAACAGAGCCAGCACAGCCAGCACAGCAGAGCGAGCCAGUAUCUGCCUGUAUAUCAACAAUCAGGUUAUGGAGGGCCAGAGUACGGGCAAGCUGCUCCUGGAGCGCCCAUGCCCAUGAUCAACGAAUUGCCUGCAUCAUUUCAAUACACACAACAUUCGCCAGGCCUCCAACCAGGUCAAUUCAAACCGCAACAAGAGUUCCGAUCCGAACUCCCCGGCGACAGCAGCUUCAGCACCGGCACACCCUCACCACAACCAUCCCCCAACCUCGCCCAACCCGACACAAAACCACCAGGAAACCAGUACCGCGUCCACGAAUACCAAGCCUAUCCACCCCCGACACAACAACACCCCGCUGACCGCGACCACCGCAACAGCUCCCUAAGCGCCCCCGGAUCCGACUACGGCCGCUCAAACAGCUACGGCGGCCAAGGCUCCAACAUCGCAGACUGGCAACAAGUCGUCUCGAACUCCAGCCAAGUAAGCGUAGGCCGACAAUCGCCCUACGACCAAACCUCCCGACCCAGCAGCAAUCUCGUCCCAGACCACCAACGCUUUUCCCAGCUUUCGAUCCAGCAAACCCCGCCUCAGGAGAGCUCACGACCCGCUUCCCAAAACUAUGCGAGGACAUCGGCGAGCACGAAGUGUCCUGUUUGUGGAUUGUUUGAGGGGGAUGAGGCGGCUGUCAGUCAUCAUGUCAGUAAGGCGCAUUUUACUUGA